AUGACACACUUCAUGCGGAUGCGCGACUGUGGAUCUGGGAACGGAGGCAGAAAGACGAAGCUCAAAAACAAGAAGUUGCAGGCUCUACCAGUUUACAGACGAUGGGAAAUUCUACAGCAUCAACUACCAGUACGAAACCAUAAACAAGAAUGCAGCAAAAUCAAAACUAUUCACAAGCGGAUGAGCGUCGGAUGCUCCACUUCUUCUUCUUCCUCUUCAAACGAGACACAGCUACAGCUUGUUGCUGAUGCACAGGCAAAAAGAGACGUAACUGCUUAUAAUUACGCAACCAAGCAGCUGGUGACGUGGGUGGACGAUUACAGUGGGGAAGAUAAUACUUCGGUGAGCAAAAUGAAAAAAAUAAAAAAAAGCAAAAAAUCUACAAGCACAAAAAAAAUGAAGAACUAUCAAGAAGCACCUGCAUCAACAACGAUUCUACGGAGCAGCAACUACAAUCGCGAGGCAUCUUCAGCAGCAACUACUCCAGAGCGGAAGGACUGCAAUGGCACCGCGUUCACAGCACAAACCGGCUCGCCGGGUAGUCACGUCUUCCUCGAUGGUGGUUCACAAAUGAAGACAAAUGAUCACCCCGCCGACCGGAAAAACGUCUUACGACCGGGUCUUGCGACUCGGGCUGCGGAUGUUAGACCGAUGGUGGUGGCGAUCGCGGCGGCUAUGUGGGUGUUGCAGCUAUUACACACGCUAAGGUCAACGCUACUAAUCCUUCUUGCGCAGAUCGAACAUAAUCACGCAGUAUGGUCGGGAUCAAAGAGCAACGGACGCAGCCGAAGGAGUAGUGUUGGUGUUCGCAGAAAUAACGAAGACGGUCGGUGCGUGUUGGUUGAGCCAAGUAAACAUGACCCCAAAUGGAUGAGGAGUAGUGAGAUAAGAUCAACACGGGCGAAACAGAUACGAUUUCAGAUCAAAUCACAACAGCGUGCGUGGGUGGGUCAUUACUUCUUCUCGGUGGUGGUGCGGCCGUGUUUGCGUUUGGUAAAUAAGAUAAAUUUUGGUUACUCGCACUCACUUUCUUCUGUAAUCAGGCAUGCUAUCUCCUCGGUUGAUGUUGUUGCGAAAAACCUAGAACAGAUCUACUGGCAUCGGCUGCCGUCGCUGGAAACGGGCGGACGGGAGAAAUUCGUCAGUUCUCACAGUACCGGGGGGCGCGUCGCGAACUCGUCGCUAAGGCGGAAGUUGCUAUUGGUCGUCUUGUUUCUACCUUUGUGGUCAGCAACCGCUGCGGGCUGGAUGAUGUCGCACGUGCCCGGACUCCAGGUGAUGACCGGCUGCAAGAUACACAGACAUGGAGCGGUGCGCGCGUCUAGAUCAUGGUGUCGGAUUGGGGUGGAGACAUGCAAUGAGUCUUGCGCUGCACUUGCAGCACGAGACGAAAUGCUCAAAACCCUCUGUGUGAACGUGUGUAGGACUUGUUCCUUCGGCACGAUAGGAUAUCGAAAAAAAAUGAAAAAAAAUGAAAAAAAAAGAAGACGCAGUAAGAAAAUAGCGCAGCGAUGUCGUGACGAAGCUCGCGCACUCUCUCGGGAGUGGGGCGAGCUCAACAGGGUGACCGUUCUCGGUCGAUACGAAAUGAAGGAGGAAAAAAAUCAAAAAAUAAAAGAAAAUCAAAAAACCAAAUCUUGUGAUUACGAAGAGGAUAACGUAGCCUCAGGUCUUGUGGGGGUCACCCACUCGCACGGCAACCCCAAGUGCAGAGCAGCAUCCUCUUGUUGGUAUGCGGCAGCAGAUUCGCGACAGGAAGAAGCGCUGACAGCGCCCUCCUUCGGCCCUUGCGAGCAAAGUACUUCAGUGCCGCCGGGGAAACAAGAACUUGGCCUACACUUCGACUCGGAUAUGGCGGGGGCAGACGAUAGCGGCGGCGCGACGGCAGAUCAAAAACCGAUUGGAAACUCGACAGCGUCACCUUACGGCCGUAGCAGUCAAUUCGCCGCAGUAUCAUCGGGGGAGCCAGUAAAAAAACGACACUUCGAGCGGGUCACCAUGGGGAGAGCCGAAACUCGGGAUGCCACAGCAGAUGUGAUUAUCGAAACGCCGUCGGAAGAUCAGGAAGCACAAUCGCUUCGGACUACUGCUACUACGGGGGGAGAGACGCGACAGCCUGCUUUUGCGGGGGCAAACGAUACAGCUCAUCCCUGCGCCGCCGCUUCUAAUGCGAUUUCCGUAAUGCCGCCGUGGGGGCAAACUAUUGAAGUACACCAAGCCACAGCUACUGCGGGUAGACAGCUUGCUUUUGCGGAGACAGAUCACGCGGGCCUGCUCCAUUCAGCCACUUUUCGAACUAGCACCAAGGGAGGUAGUGGCGCGCAUUCAGAUGCAAGCACACAGUACGCCAGCGGCAGCGACUUUGACUCGGACAGCGACGACGGCGAGCAACCUGGCAUGGAGGGCCGCGACCCUCUGCCACCGGUCGUGCAUUUGGGAGGCGCAAUCAGCGUGCCGGGCGCUUUCGAUGCCAAUGGUAUGGAGCAUACGUCCGAUGAAGAAGAAGACGGACAUAGUGGGAAGCGCGGCGACAGUCCUAACCAGCCGGGGGGCAGCAGCGAUGGAGGUAACGAAGGAGAGGGUGGCCAUGGAAAUGACGAAGAUGACGCUCCUCCAGACCCGGACCCUUUUGCGGGGCUACCAAUUCGGGAAGAUUUGCUGUCUUACGCGGGGCACCAGCGUCUUCGGAUCGGUCUGGUCAACAUGAGGUCGUCAAGAUUAGGUACGAAGCGAUUCGCUUGGGCCCUCCGGGUUGCUUCUUGGAGAAAAUGGGGAGUGAUGUUGCUGGACGAAUUCCAGUACGAGAAGUCCUCGAUAGAUGGCGAGUCGGGCAAAGGAGACGAUCCCGAGCCGGCGGAGGCUGCCGCGGAGCUGCUUGGGCACAACUCCGAUGGGGAAGGCGAGAACCUGCAGGGCGGCGACUACAUGCAGGAUGACGACGAGCUGGAGAGCAUCCCAGACGCACCAGAGACCGGCCCAGAUGCGGUUUGGGAGCGCAUGGAAAAAUUCGACAUCGUGUACACAAAUGGCGUUGCCAUCGUGGUAAUUGUGCCGGCGCUGCGGAAGCAGCUGGCGAAGGCGAUGGAAAACCGCAAGGAGUGCGUCCGCGCACGACCCAGGAUGCUUUCCAUAUACUUAAACGAGUUAGUUCUUUGUGCUUUCUAUGCUCCAACAAGUUCGGCUUCCAAAGAGAUGCGACAGCGUUUUGACAUGAAUUUUAUCGCUAACAUGCUGGAAAUGAAAAGAAGAAAGGAGCACAAAUGGAAGCUCCGCAUUAUAGGGGGGGACCUAAACGCGCAAAUAGGUCAUGAAGAAUGGGGGAUGUCGGGCAUUCAUGGUGGGGAGGGGCUUCCCCACACGAACCCGCGCGGGAACGAGGUGGGGGGCUGGCUCAGGGGGAGCAACGCAGUACUGGUUGGCACCCAUUACCCGUCAGAAAAUAGCGCUACAAGGGGCGAAAAUGAGUUAGAUCAUAUCAUAACAGAUGGACGCUUUUUGCAUUGCUUUCGCACCUACGGAAGGAUAGACAUGAACGGCGGGGGGGGGCCAGGAAAGGAAAAAUCGCCCAAAAGGUUUGACCAUAUGGGCAUCGAGUGCGAUUUAGACGUAAAAACGCACGAGAAGCUCAAGAUGGAAGGCAUUGAAAGACGCGCGGCUGCCAUGGUAAUUGAGUCAAACCCAUCGCCCAAAAAGCUAAAAAAGUUCAAUCGUCGGCUGGGCAACAAGAUCAGGGAGCAGGGAGACAGUUUUGGAGUCCCAGAAUUCCAAGACUACCUGAUCGAGUCGCUCCCGAUGUUUCUGACCAAAAAGUCAAAGAGCCCAAAAAAAUUGCCGGAGGUGGAAGAGUUAGCCGACAACCCGCAGUCGAGAAAUGAGGUUUGGGCGCUCUUUCGGGAGCAGCUCGCCAACAAAACGGACCGGACGGUGGGAAUUACGGCUGAACAGUCCAAGAAGCAGCUCGAAAAGGUGGGGUCCACGCCAUUACAUCCAGGUUUGCAUGAAGUACCUGCGGCCCCGGCGGUGUCCGGGGUUGUGGAAAGGCUGUCCGCGGAGGACUUGGAGGAACUGGAUAAAGAGGUGGACUUCGAAGAGUUGGAGGAGGCGGUAAAGAGCCUGAACAGAGGGGGCAAGGCGAAGGACAUUUAUGGGCUUACAGCGGAUAUCUUGAAGCAUCUCGACUCGGACCGGACCUCCCUGCUUUGUCAUGUGCUAAAUAGAGAGCUGAAGGGCAAGAAGCUAAGUGACAUCGACAAAAGGAUUCAUCGCUGUCGAAAUAUGCCACUUUUUAAAAAAGGCAAGCGUGACGACCCGGACUGUUAUAGAUUCUUGUGCGUGAGCCCUUUAGUGUUGAAAACUAUAGUAAAAAUCUACACAGACCGGCUCUAUUUCUUGCUCGAACAGAAGGGAUUUUUUCCGAGCACGCAGUUUGGCUUUCGAAGGGGUAUGGGGUGUCUCGACUCCCUUACCAUUUUCGCACGUCUGCGGGAGGACCUGGAACACUAUGGAGAAGAAGAGUUUUUUAGAAUCAUCGCAAUCUUAGUCGAUUUGCGGAAAGCGUUUCCAUCGCUCGACUCUAGGAUGAUGGAAAAAGUAGCAGAAGACAUGGGCCUGUCAGGAACAAUUUGCUGGGAGGUGCUAACAGCAAGCCACAGGAGUGCCCAGCACAACUUUACGAGUGAAGUUGAAAAAGAGUUCACACUGCCGCAUGGAUGUAAAGAAGGCUGUGUAUCAAGCCCGCUAUUGUUCUUAUUAACGUACACGGUAGUAGUGCGCCUAUACAUGAAAAAAGUGGAAGAGGAGAGGCCAUUAGACUGCGGGGGGGUGGCUCUUCGUUGCCUUCCUGCGGAGUUCCACGAGAAACGCCGCGACAAAAUUUUCAGCAUCUUGACCCAGGACCUAGGCAGCACAGCCCUGAAAAAGUUAGAGCUGGCCGCCCUUUUGUUUGCAGAUGACACCACGCUACUUUACAUUGCAUCGCGCGCAGAACUCGAAGAAAUGCGGCAAAAAGACAAAGAAAGGAGGGAGGCGAAGCCAGAGCCCCUUCCUCCGUCUGACUGCCCAGCGACAGAGAUCUUGACGGAGAUUUUGCAUGCGUGUGGGAUGAGAGAAAACGACUCCAAAAGGGUGCAGGAAGACGUGACAGAAAUCAUGACUCGAAAUCUAGGCAUGAACACGAAUAACAGUGAAGACAUUCGCAUCAAAAUAAACAAAGCGUGGCGGGCUUAUUUUGGCCUCCGGUCUAAGCUCGCCACGGUGCAAGGUUUAAGCAACAAACGCAGGGGCGAACUAGUAGCGGUAAUGAUCAGGACGGUGCUCACCUACGGCUUACAGUGCCGUAAGGUGGAGCCGUACGAGAUCAGGCAAUUAGAGUUGGUAGAAAUGCAAAUAGCGAUGAGGUUGCUAGACAUUCCCUGGUGGAUGCGCACAGCGGGGGAGGUUCGUAGCUCUCAGCUGCGCAAGAGCAUGCGGCUUCCGCCUUUGGGGGCGUAUAUUAACUUUAUCCAGGCCAAGCAUUUCGGGCACGUAAUGAGGAAGCCGAAGGGCGACAUAGUGCGGAUGGCGAUGACAGGGCAUUUCUUUCCCCCAGUGACCCAGGAAUUCGACGCGCGGGGCUACAUGCGUAGCGAUGCGGACAUCGAGGAGCUGGAUGCCAAAAAGCGCGCAGCCAAAAAAACCUCCUACGUGGAGCACCUGGUAGGGCGCUUGCGCGACAAGUGUUUCAUCCCAGUGAACAUGCAGCAUCUGUUAUUCGAGUCGGUGGAAGAAUGUCGGGCGCGGCGUCCUGAACUGGAAGGAGCGCAGUCCCUGUAUCUGCAAAACAAACGGGCCUACUACGCUGCAACGCGCUGGCGGUUCAUUGUGGAAACGCUAGAGGACUGGGACAAAGCAUCUACGCCAGAAGAAGCGGAGGAAUCGGCGGACUGGCUGGCGACAAAAUACUUUGGCAGCAGCACGAACUGCACUAGAGCAGAACUACGGAAGCGCGCGAUCGACGCGGGGAAAAGCGUCGAGGAGGCGGUGCGGGGGUAUGAGACAAAAACGGGCGGCGUCCAAGGCAUUCAGCUGGCUGAAAAAUGUCUGUGGUGUAACAUGAAGCUCCUCGAGAAGGAGGAGGCGGAGCACUUCGAACCCACGCACCCGAAGAAGCCGCCGCCGCUGCACCUGCAGAUGCAUCUACGCGAGCGGCAUCAGGUAGAGUAUCACUUGGUGAACGAGGUGCAGAGCGAAGCAAUGCGGCAAAACGCCGCGGACGAUGUAGAGCGGGCGACAUCUUUGCGGCGGGAUAUCCUAGAGGAAAAUAGCGACCUACUAUGCGAAAAGGCAAACAAUGGCGGGCGGUACUUGAUGGGCCGCCGGUGUUUCGUGCCGCAGAUUCACUGCAAGGCCUGCGGCAAGAAUUUUACCUCAACAGCGGGCGCCAUGGCAAAGCAUGCGCAGGACCACCGGGAAAACAAGUAUGUCCGCUUGGCGCAAUUAAUACGGCCGCAGGCGGCGAACGGGCUGGCACCCGGCGAAUUCCGGCCGGUAUAUCAUCUGUGGGACAGCGCGAACGGGCGGCACAUUCCGGGCCCGGAUGCUAGGAUGACGAGCAUACACAUUCCUGCCGAUCGCAUUUGGAAAAACCGCAAUGAUGAGACUUUUCUCCGCUGCAAAAUCUGCAAGAGCAAAUACAAGAAGCAGAUCGCCGAAAGCGGGCAGCCGAUUUGUUACGACUCCCACUCCCUCGCGAAGAAGAUCGGCAUGAUGGAAAAACAUGAGGAGCGUUGUGCCAAGAAAAAAAUGAAAAAAGAGAAAGAGCUGCUCAUUGAUCAAGCGCAAUCAGAUAGCGACAGCGCACCACAGGAACACUGA